AAUAAGUUUAUGUUUGAAAGAAUGUUUUUAAUAAUGUUUCCGUGAUGCACUGUAGUUUUUACCGUUAAAAAUUUCAUUUUUCCGUUUCAUGAUUUAAAAUCAUAGAUUUAGUUUCACUAUCUAUUGACUGGAUUAAGUAAUUUAACACUUUAAACGUGUAAUUUCUUUGCCUGUUUAACUACAACAAUGCGGAUAAGCGGUGUUGUUCCUGCAAGAUUCCUUACCAUCGUUGCUCAUGUCAUAAUUCUCAUUGUACUUUUCUGGGCAAAGGAUGAUAACAUCAAACAGUGCCUCCCAACAACCUACACACAAUCAGAGUAUGACUCAAAGGACUUAGAGAUGAUCAUUGGCCUAUCUGUGGGGCUAGGUCUCAUGUUGAUCGAGUUGAUUGGAUUCGUUGGAGGAAUCUCAAUGUUCAUGCCAUUCCAGAGUAUGCUUUCUGUUGCCUGUCACGCGGGGGCGGUAGUGGCCCUGUUCUUCUUCCUGUUUGAGUUCUGGCCCUGUACGUAUUACUGGUACAUAUUCGGAUUCUGCAGUGCCUUUCCCGCAGUGACAGAGAUCCUGGUUUGGCUAGGAGUAGGACUGUUUAGAAAAGGACUGUAAAAGGAUUAUUAAAGGAUUGUACUAGGAUUAUAUUUGGAAUGUUCCUAAUGUAUUAAGGAUUAUUAGAGGACUGACAUAGGAUUAUAGGAAAUUGUUUCAAAUGAAAUAGGUUGCUCUCCUCUCAGAGUUGAGUUACACAUACAAAUAUCAACUCUGAAAAUUUUAUUUUCAGGUCAGUUGAUUGAUUUGCAUAUUGAUUAAUGUAAAUACCAGUUUCAUUCUUUGUGUUUUUAUUUGACUCAUUUUUUUUAAUGGGCAGGUUAUUGAAUGAUAGUUAAAUAGUUCAUUACAUAAUUUCAAGUGCAUAUCAAUACAGGUUGUACAUUGUGAAACUGAAAGAUUGUGAAAUGCUAGAUAUAUACUACUAAAUUAUACAUGUAUGUCAUAUUUUUCUAAUCUGAAUGUUGAAUGGAGAUGCAUAAAUGUGCUUUAGUUAAGACAAUUAAAAAGUAAACAGAAACAAACAGCAA